GAAGAGGCAACACUGGUCACAAUUUAGUUGAACGCGCAACUGGAAAACAAUCGUAAACAGAAUAAACAUAAAGCUUACUUUUAAAACCGAAAGAGAUAAAAAGAAAUCGUGCAAUGCAGCGCGGAAAGAUUUCGUUCGGCAAAAUCCAGCUGAAUGUUAGUAAAACGCCUGCUGAAACUAAGACAAGCGAGCAAGAUGCCGGCGGUUUCAAGAAAAUGGACAAACAGCAAAUGAUACGACAAAUUGAAGAUGUAGCCGAAGAUUUGGAAAGUCAACAUCUCAAGGAAGUAAUGGGCAUAAGUGGAUUUGGUCGCAAGGCUGCCAAAGUGUUUGACAUUAAUGAGCAGAUUGCCAAGGCGCGUACAGUGGCGCCACCUGUACAGGAGCAACAGGCAGAAGAUGAUGAUGAAGAUAUAAUUGGACCACUGCCGCCAACGGCGGACUCGGAGGAUCAGAAGCAACCUGGAGCAGAAACUGAAAAGCAAACAACAGCCCCUAAUGCUCCAGAUGGUGAGGAGGACAACGAGGACGACAGUGAAGCUGAUUCGGAUGAUGAGGAGAGUUUGCCGCGACGCAUUCCCUACACACAUGAGGUGCAAAUGCAGCACGGAUCCCGUGCUGUGUUGGCUCUAGCUGGAGAUCCAUCUGGCGCCCGCAUUGUGUCCGGCUCCAUAGAUUACGAUAUGUGCUUUUGGGACUUUGUGGGCAUGGACUCUUCAAUGCGCAGCUUUCGUCAGCUGCAACCGUGUGAAAAUCAUCCGAUUCGCUCUCUCCAGUACUCGGUCACUGGCGACAUGAUUCUGGUUAUUUCGGGCAACGCACAGGCCAAAGUCCUGGAUCGUGACGGCUUCGAGAAGCUGGAGUGUUGCAAGGGAGAUCAGUAUAUAAGCGACAUGACGCGCACCAAGGGACAUGUGGCACAGCUAACCUCUGGCUGCUGGCAUCCGUUCAACAGGGAACAGUUCCUGACCGCUGCUCUAGAUGGCACACUCCGGGUAUGGCAGGGACUGCGAUCCAAGGAGCAGCUGCAGGUGAUCAAAACACGAGCCCAAGGCGGACUCAGAACCAGUGCAUCCGCCUGCAAUUACAAUCGGGAUGCGACGCUGAUAGCCGCCGGCUGCGUAGACGGCUCCAUUCAGACGUGGGAUACUCGCAAGAUGUUUGUAAAUACGACGCAUUGUGUGCGAUCAGCGCAUCAGAAGGGUUCUGAGAUUACCUCCAUUGUGUUCUCGUACAUGGGACAACAGCUGGCCACACGAAGCAAUGACGAGACCAUGAAGCUGUGGGAUCUGCGCAACUUCAAGCAGCCAAUGCACACGUGGUCGAAUCUCUUCUCCCGUUACGAUACCACCGAUUGCUGCUUCAGUCCGGAUGAUCGCAUGUUGGUAACCGGCGAGUCGCUGCCCAAGGAUCAGACAGAGGCGCAUCUGUAUUUCUACAGCACAAAAACCUUCGAGCAGGUGCAGCGUAUUCCCGUCGCCAAUUCACAUGUGAUCAAAACGCUGUGGCAUCCUAAACUGAAUCAGCUCUUUGUCAGCUGUGGCAAUGGCAUCAUUAAGUGCUACUACGAUGAGCAGCGCAGCAUUCGAGGGGCCAAGCUGUGUGUGGUCAAGACCCAUCGCAAGCGACAGCAAAUGGAAAUGGUGGGCGUGUCACAGAUCAUAACGCCCCAUGCCCUGCCACUGUUCCGACAGGAGAAAACCCGCUCGUCCCGCAAAAAGAUGGAAAAAGCUCGCAUGGAUCCGGUCAAAUCCAAGAGGCCGGAUUUGCCCAUUACCAGCGGCCAAGGCGGACGUGUGGCUAGCUCUGGCGGCACUCUAUCCUCCUAUGUUAUACGUAAUCUGGGUCUGAGCAAGCGUGUCGAUGACGAUCAAGAUCCACGCGAGGCUAUUCUCAAGUUUGCCAAGGACGCAGCCGAGAAUCCAUAUUGGAUUGCACCCGCCUACAAACAAACUCAGCCCAAGGCCAUAUUCUCCGAAAAGCUUCCCACGGAUGAAUCACCGCCUUCAGCCAAAAAGUCCAAAACAGAAACGGAUGCCACAUAGUUUAAAAUUAAUGAAAAUUAUAUGUAUUUUAACCUAGUUUACAAAUGAAUACGAUUUCAAUAAUAUUUUUAAUAACUGGUUCUUAAAGUUCGCUUCAUUUAUAUUGUAUACCCUGUAAACAUAAGAAUAAGGGUAUCAAAAGUUGCUUUAAAUGUAAAAUAUAUAUAUUGGAUAAAGGAAGCAUAUUAAAUUAUAUAAAGUAACA